AUGGAGGACAAUGGCGAGCAACGAGCAAUGGAAAAAUUAGAAACCGAAUGGAAAGAUUAUGUAACCGCUCUCGGAAAACAUUACGAUCAAAAGGAAAACAAUUUUAGAAUGGCAAUAUUUGAAAGCAACGAAUUAAUGACGGAAAGGAUAAAUAAAAAAUAUGAACAAGGCUUAGUUUCUUAUACAACGGCCCUCAAUGACUUGGCUGAUUUGACCGAUGAAGAAUUUAUGGUCAGGAAUGGACUUCGACUGCCCAAUCAAACUGAUCUUCGUGGGAAAAGACAGACUUCUGAAUUUUAUAGGUAUGACCCAAGGGAACGGUUGCCAGAUCUAGUUGAUUGGAGAACGAAAGGUGCCGUUACACCUGCCAGAAAUCAAGGACAGUGUGGUAGUUGUUAUGCAUUCGCUACAGCUGCAGCAUUGGAAGCUUAUCAUAAGCAGAAGACCGGAAGACUUCUUGAUUUAUCCCCUCAAAACAUUGUUGACUGUACAGAGAACUAUGGUUGUGAUGGUGGCUACAUGGUUCCGGUGUUCGAAUACGCAGCAAAAAAUGGAAUUGCAAUGGAAUCGAAAUAUCCUUACGUUGGGGUUCAGGAAAAGUGCAAGUGGCAAGAAGACAUCGCUGUUGUCACAGACAAUGGUUUUAACGAAAUAGAACCGGGUGACGAAUCAGCACUUAAGCAUGCCGUGGCCAAACGUGGACCCGUCGUUGUUGGAAUUUGCGGUUCUAAGCGUUCUUUCAGAUUUUAUAAAGACGGCAUUUACUCUGAAGGAAACUGCGAUGAAAUUGACCAUGCAGUACUGGUGGUUGGUUACGGAACGGAUCGAUCUUAUGGGGAUUACUGGAUUGUUAAAAACAGUUGGGGUACCGAUUGGGGAAAAGAUGGGUAUGUUUAUAUGGCACGAAACAGAGGGAAUAUGUGCCAGAUCGCCUCUAUGGCUUCAUUUCCCAUUUAA